UUUCCUCUGUUCUUUUGAAGACCACUGUCGCCUCACCCCCUCACCACUUCUUGCUUUUUUUUUUUUUUUAAACUUUUAAAUACCAAGCAGUGAUAUUCAUGCUAACAGUCAGUUUCACAUAUGCAGCUUUAACGGGCGAGACGAAGGAUAAACCAUCAGUUUUCCUCCAUCACCCAACUCAGCAGCAUGUUUCUGUUGAAUAUUUGCAUCUGUGUCGGCCUCGUGCUGUCCCUCCCUCAGUGUACCUAUCAAUCAUGCUUUGACGGGACACCCAAGCAGUGCACAGAGGCAGAGUUUGCUCCAGGUACCAAUCUGGCCGGCGAAGGCUUCGACAUCACCAAAAUGGAACGUAAGGGAGCCUUUGUGCUCGACAUGAAUAAGUGGAAACGCAAGGACAAAACAUGCAUCCUCUGUAGCAACCCUUAUCUGGAGAACAAAAAGCAAAAGCUCCCCCUGUCGGUGUUGGAUUGGAGGUCAAAACAGUCCUGCAGCGUUAAAGUGUCCAGCGCGCUCCACAAAUCCAGUGAGUCUCUGGUCAGUUCCAGCGGCUCUUCCAUCGAAAACAACUGGAAGGCCAACCUAGACAUUGACGUAGGUAGAAAAAGCGCCUCAGCAAUGCUGGCUGGUACCCAUUCUAAACUGGCUGAUUAUUCAAUGGAAAAAACAAAGAAUGACAAGUUCAGCUUCACGAGCCAGAGCAUCUCCUGUGAGUACUACAGCUACCGAGUGUCCAACGAACCCAAGCUGCACCACGAAUUUAGAAAAGCAGUAAAACAGCUCCCUAAAGCCUACAGCCCUGAAUGCAAGCAACGGUUUUACAGACUGAUUGACAACUUUGGCACACAUUACAUCACCAAGGUGAAGUUGGGAGGAAGUGUUCAAUCUGUGACCAGCAUCAGGCAGUGCCAGGCCAGCCUGCAGGGCCUCAGCACGGAGGAGGUGCAGAUGUGCCUGGAAGCUGAAGCGUCCGCCAGCAUCAAAGCCACAGUAAAAGCUGAAACAAAACACUGCAAGCGGGACUCUGACAAGAUGGGAAGUACGACAUCCUUCUCCGGCCUCUUCAAUGAUAGAUUCACAGAGAUAAAGGGAGGUCAUACCACAGAGCCAGACCUUCUCUUCUCUGCUGACAAAAAUCCAUCAGCCUACAAGGACUGGCUAACCACUCUGCCACAGAAUCCAGACAUAGUCUCGUAUUCCCUGGACUCGCUUCAUGAGUUACUGCCUGUAAACUCCCCAGCACGGAAGAACCUGCGCUCAGCCAUUAGCCAUUACAUCCUGGAGAAAGGCCUGUGGAGGAACUGCAGUGCCCAAUGUCAGGCCGGCAUCAAGAGCAACUCGAAGGAUUCCUGCGUCUGCCAAUGUCACAACGACCCUGCUGUGAACCAAGACUGCUGCCCGACCCGUAAAGGCAUGGCACGGGUCAUCAUAACCGUACAACGCGCCUCUGGUCUUUGGGGCGACCACACCACAGCCACAGACGGUUACGUGAAGGUGUCCUUCAACGGGCAGAUGGUCCGACGGUCUCCGGUCAUUUACAAUAACAACAACCCACACUGGGCCAUGGUGGUCGACCUGGGCUCUCUGGAUAUUUCCUCAGGGCAAAAAGUGAGAUUUGAAGUCUGGGAUGAGGACAACAGCUGGGACGAUGACCUGCUGGGACAAUGUGAGCAAAUUCUGUCUGCUGGGGUCAAGGAGGACCUCUGUAAUCUGCAGCAUGGCCGACUGUACUACAGAUUGGAGGUGAAAUGUGCUCCGAGUCUGAGCGGAAGUUCAUGCACGGACUACAAAGCUUCACCCAUGAGUCAAAGUCUGAAGAAGCUGUAUGUGUCGCGUCACGCCCACCCUAUUCCAAAGGCCGUCCUGUUAGAGAUGGGCGUGUUUGUGGACGGAUCGAGUUCAUACAGAAACAUGAGUCUUACUGCCAAGAGUCACAAGUUUGAUGAGAUGUAGCACCAAUGUUUGGCUACACUGAAGCUUACAUGUAGCAAUACCAUUUUAAUUAGGUGUAUUGGUGAUAUUAAUUUAAGCUAAACACUUUAUCCAUAACUAAUACUGAGAGGCACAUCAGUUACUGAAGAAUUCUUAUUUGUUAGCAAAGCGGCUAAAUUAUGAAGAAUACUCCUAAUAUUUGGUAUGUUCAGUUUUUGUUUCAGUGUAAAAUCUUUAAUUUGCAGUUGCAUGGUUUACGGUUUCUGUUUACUGUAUGAUUCGUGUUUGACACAAGAGUGUUAACAUAUAAAAGCAGUGGCAGACCGGAUACUUCUUGCUUACUUUAUCUAUGUAUUUGUACGCAGCUUUUACUUAUUUAUGCCUUUUUUUAAACAUAUUACUGCAAAAUGUAAUAAGAACAUGUUUGCAUUGUGAACAUUCUGUAGCACAAACAUUUAUUUCUGCAUUUAAUCACAUUAUUUUACAUCAUUUUUGUUUAUCCACAAUAAAAGCAUAAUAUCUUAA